AUGGCAAUCGUUUUGAAGGAUAUCGGUUUGGACCAGUUUAUAGUCAGAUUAGUUGGAUCAUUACAAGAGUUUGAAGUAACUAAAUCAGAACUCCGUGUGAGGCAAUUGUAUCAAAAUGGUAAAUGGAAUAUUGUGACUGGCAAGGUUCCUAGUGACCAUAAAGAGGCAAAUGGCCCCGAGCUUUUGAAGUAUGAUCAAGACCUACGCGAAAAGGAUAUUAGUACUAAAAAAAACCAUCGUUUAAUGGAGUCGCGUAUCGUGUUCUCUAAAACCCAAAAACGAGCAUCACCCUGCUGUAAUUCUCAAGAUGAAACGAAUAAAAAACGUGCACGGAAGUUAACUAUGUGUGGAAAAGUGGAUGAUGUUGAUAAUAGGAAGACAUAUAUACACCAAACCUCUGGAUAUGAAUCCUCAAGUGGUAGUUGUAGCGUUAAUGGCUAUAAACCGUUAGAAACGUCUCAUAGAUCUGGCUUUUAUAUUGAAGAUCAUGAAAGUGAUGCAGAGUCUGUUUGUCAGUGUGGAUAUAAUGAAGAAAGUCAAAGUCAAGAAACUGAUGAAUCAGGUGAUAACAAGGCAGUGGAAGAUGAAAUUCAUAGACUGGAGUUGCAUGCCUACCGUUACACCAUGGUGUCAUUACAUGCAUCAGGACCCUUAAACUGGGAGAAAGAAACAAUGGUAACAAACCUUCGUAUAUCACUCCAUAUAUCAAAUGAUGAGCAUUUGAUUAUGUUAAAAAACUUACUUUCUGCUUCUAGUAAACAGUCUUAUUAG